AUGACCACGACUCGUACUCCUUCUUCUGCGUUUGCGUCGAAGAAAGCAGUGAAGUCGUCCUCUCUUUCGGGGAGUUUUGCGACGAAAAGUCUGCCUUCGCGUUCCUUUUCGAACAGUUCUUCUUCCAUCACCAUCGGGGGAAACGCAUUCUUCGCGAACGAGAGUUUAACACAAAGACGACAAAGACGAGCGGGAGGAAGAAGAACACAAUCUUCAAAACUCAUCGUGCACGCGUCGGAUAAAACGCCACCGGAAACGUUCCAAGCGGCAGUCGCCACGUCGGAGAAGAAAGCCAACGCGGAUGUGUUCUCCACGUUCGCGUUGAGUUUUACCGCCGGGGCGCUCAUUGGGUUCGGUGGUCUGUUUUUAACCACCGUGGGCGGGAGCUCGCCGGCAUUGGCAGCCGCGAAUCCAGGGCUCUCGAACCUGGUGAAAGGCCUGUUUGGCUUACCGUUUGGGUUAACCAUGGUUAUAUUAACCGGCGCGGAGUUGUUCACCGGGAACGUGUUUGUGAUGUUGAGCGGCUUGUUGUCGAAGAAAGUCACCCGGGCGCAAGUGAUGAAAAAUUGGGCGGUGUCGUACGCCGGUAACUUUGCCGGGUCGGUGUUUUUGGCGUACAUGGCGUACGUGGCGAUGACUUCGGCGGCGAAUCCAGCGCCGGCGAUUGCGAUUGCAACGAUGAAAGCGACGACGUUACCGGUUACGGUGGCGUUCGUGAGAGGGGUGCUGUGUAACUGGUUGGUGUGUUUAGCCGUGUGGGGGACGAUGGCUUCGACGAGCGUCGCCGGGAAGAUUUUGGCCAUCUUCUGGCCGAUUACAGCGUUCGUGACCAUGGGAUUUGAACACUCGAUUGCGAAUAUGUUUUUGAUUCCGCACGGGAUGUUGUACGGUGCGGACGUGUCGGUGUCACAAAUGCUUUUGGGGAACAUUUUGCCGGUGACGCUCGGAAACAUGGUCGGCGCCGCCGCGUUCGUAGCCGGCGUGCAUUACUUAGCGUACGGGCGCAACAAAUAA